AUGCGGUGCCCCGGAUCGCCUGAGACGGAGCUUAGACACGGCUGUCGGCGGUCUCAGCAGUUUCCGCGGCGGCUGUUUUCGGCCGUCCUCGUCGUCGUCGCUUUGUCGACGUUGCCUGCACUGCGUUGGGCCUUUGCAGGCGCGCAGGUGUCUCAGAGACGAAGUCUCGUUGCAAGACAUGCUGAGGACGCCGCGACGGUGAAGCUCUACACGCUGGAAGUGGGCCGCACAGAUCACUACGUCUGGAAGGAUAAGGAUGUCUUUGUUGGCAUCGUGGCGGAUGCCGGCGAGUGGACUAUCGACAUAGAUGCCGUCCGAGCUGGCUUCGACGAGGCUUGCGAGGCUGGGACUGCCGAGCUCUUCUCGGCCCCACUCAAUGUCGUCAAGGACUAUGUCAAGGAGUUGACAUCCUAUGGCCUCGCAGCUCGAGCCAAGGAAGCAGCGGACGGAGCGGAAGAAAAUUCCUACAGCAGGCGAAGCUUCAAGGACCUCUCCCCGGAAUUAAAGGAAGCCGCCCGGGAAAGCGGGGUGGUCGAGGCAGAGGCUUCUGGCAAGCCCAUGCAGAUAGUCCUUCAGAAGAGUGAUCAUCCUACCUUGGAUGGUUCCAAGAGAGCCAUGCAAAAGUUCAAGGCAUACGUGGAAUUGGCAACAGAUGCGGCCCAACGCUGGCUUCCAUCAGAUGCCGAAUUGAAUCAGAAGCGUCUGGAGAAGCUGCUGACCAAGGCCGGGUGCACACUUCGGCAGCAUGGGCAGACACUGCCACGAAAGGCUACGCCUGGUCGUCGCGCCGUGCUCCGCCUGGAGGCGCCCCUUAUCAUGGCGCUCCACCCGUUCGAAUACCCACCACGGAAUCACGGUGCAGCAACAAGAAGCUUCUUGAAGACGCGAGACUUUGCAGCCGCGGCCUUUGUCGCAAGCGGCGCUGGAACCGACGCUGUGCGCAGCCUGCAGCUGGCAUCUCCUUCGUCUGCUUCGCGCAAGCCAACCGCCUCGUCCCGCCUCGCUACAUCAAGUUCCCAGAAGGUAAACCCCGAUCGGAUCAGCUCUUUGGUGCGCCAGCUGCUAAAUGGCGAGGAGUCGGACGCAAAUGGUGCGAAUUGGAGGUGCGUCACUCGGCCACCCUGUCGGCUGCGUGGUUUCGAUCGAGUCUAUCGUCACACGACUCAUGUCUUGUUCAAUCUGUAA